AUGAUUUUGGCAGACCUAGAGGAGAAGCUUAAGAAGAAAGGAAGAUGUGGGACGAUAUUGGGUAACAGCAAAAUAUAUUCUCUAGCUUAUGCGGACGAAGUAGUCCUGUUAGCAGACAACGAGACGAAAAUGAACCUAAUGAUGAAAAUUUUUGAAGAGUAUGUGGGAGCCAAGGAUUUGACUGUGAACGUAGAGAAGACCAAGGUCAUGUGUUUCAGACGUAGAAACACCGUAAUAGAUUACGUUUGGAAGAUAAAAAGACAAACAGUGGAAAGCGUGGAAGAGUUCUGUUACUUACGUUUUUGGUUGGAGGCAGGAGAGGAAAACGAGCUGCAGGUGAAGAAAAAAUUUAAUGUGCGAGUAAUGUAA